AUGGCUUUGUCAGUAGACUCUGCUUUAUAUCGCUGGCAGCAUCUAUGGCGUGUAAAAGGGCCCUCUCAGCCUCAACUGCUGGAGUCAGUGCCUCUGUUGUCCUCUGACUACGAGUGGCAGAAAUACAAUUUCAACAAGUGGAGAAUUGUAUUUCCCAGUAAUGAGAGAUUUCAAAAGGCAUCCAGCAAAGUGUCUCAGUUUUAUUCUGGAAAUGGAAUACAGACCACAAAGUACUCUUUGCUGACCUUUUUACCCCGAAACAUCUUUGAACAGUUUCACAGGUUGGCAAAUUUGUAUUUCCUGCUUUUGGUGAUCAUCAACUGGUUCCCACAGUUGGAAGUCUUCCAUAAGGAGAUCACAAUGUUACCCUUAGCUACUGUGCUUUUAAUUAUUGCAGUUAAAGAUGGCAUUGAAGAUUAUAAGAGAUACAGAUUUGAUCAGCAGAUCAACUCUUCUAAAACCACAGUGUAUAAGAAAAGAAAAAAUACCUAUAUUGAGAAAUUCUGGAAAGAUGUGUGCGUGGGAGACUUUGUACAGCUGCAGUGUAAUGAGAUAAUCCCUGCUGACAUCCUGCUGCUCCACUCCUCUGAUCAGAAUGGGAUCUGCCAUUUGGAAACAGCAAGUCUCGAUGGGGAAACCAAUCUUAAACAACGACAAGUGGUGAAAGGAUUCGCUAAUCAGAAUGCUGAAUUUGAUCCAGAAUUUUUCCAAAACAUCAUUGUUUGUGAAAAACCGAACAAUGAUCUCAAUAAAUUUAAAGGCUAUAUGGAGCAGCCUGAUCUCACACGCAUUGGUUUUAACAAAGACAGUCUCCUUCUUCGUGGGUGCAUUGUGAGGAACACAGAAGUUGCAGUAGGAAUUGUUAUCUAUGCAGGCCAUGAAACCAAAGCCAUGUUAAAUAAUAGUGGUCCUCGCUAUAAACGCAGCAAGAUAGAGCGACAAAUGAAUGUUGACAUAUUCUUUUGUGUGGGACUGCUGUUCAUCAUGUGUCUUAUUGGAGCAGUAGGCCACGGUAUUUGGAAUGGGCAUUUCUUGGAGCACCCCUUGUAUAUCAUCCCAGACGUACAUGGCAACUAUCUUUCUCCUGCUCUGGCAGGUUUCUACAUGUUCCUGACAAUGAUCAUCCUUUUACAGAUUUUAAUCCCCAUCUCCCUCUAUGUGUCUAUUGAACUAGUCAAGUUGGGUCAAGUUUUCCUAAUUCACAAUGAUAUCGACCUGUAUUAUGAGGAGCAAGACCUGUCCGUACAGUGCCGAGCACUAAAUAUCACUGAAGAUCUGGGACAAAUCCAGUACCUAUUCUCAGACAAAACAGGGACCCUAACAGAAAACAAGAUGGUGUUUCGACGCUGUACAAUUGAUGGGAAGGAAUUUUCACAUCAGGAAAAUGCCAAGCGAUUGGAGACCUACAAGGAGCUGGAUUCAGAUAGUGAAGACUGGACAAAGCAUUUCAGUCUCCCUUCAAACAAGGGUGGAGAAACAGCCACUUUAACACAGAUGACCACUAAACCCUUGAGGAGGUGUCAGAGUGCUCGGGCUCAUUUUCAGGGGCACGUGAGACAUAGAUCUCUCGGGCGCUGUGGAAGCUCUCGGUCUCAAGUGGCAUUCAGCAGCACCAUUGAAAAGGACGUGACCCCAGAUAACAGGCUGUUGAUGAAAGUGAGAAAUGCAUCAUGCCAGCUGGAAUCUUUGACACCGUUUACGUCUGCAAAGAUGACCUCUUCCAUCACUGAUUUUUUUCUUGCCCUGACCCUCUGCAACACUGUGGUGGUCUCCACAGCAACAGAUCCAAGACAAAGGGUUACUACUCCAGCCCUAAUGAAACCAUCAGGAAUUUCCCUGGAGAGAAUUCACCAGCUGUUCCAGCGGCUAAAACUGGCAAGCCUCACCUACUCUUUCACAUCAACUCAGUCUAUUUCAGACGCAGGAGAGAGUUUCAACACAGAAAGCACAAGAGUCUGCGCUGAUUCUGAUACAAAAAAAUAUUUUGCUACCCAAAGCUGCUCAACCUUAACAGAUUGUGACAGUUUUCAAGAAGACUCAAUAAUUCGGCAAGAGGCCUCUGGGGCCAGCGAUCCCAGUUUGCAUGAGAUUUGUGAGACAGUUGCCGAAGGGUCUUUACAGCCAGAAUUUUGUUAUGAGGCUGAAAGCCCAGAUGAAGCUGCACUUGUCCAUGCAGCUCGUGCAUACCAGUUUACAUUAGUGUCCAGAACUGUUGAACAGGUGACUGUCAGAUUGCCCGAUGGCACCCUUCUGACUUUUGACCUCCUGUAUACUUUGGGAUUCGACUCCAAUAGGAAAAGAAUGUCGGUUGUGGUGAGGCAUCCCCUGACCAAUGAGAUAAUCGUUUAUACCAAAGGGGCUGACUGUGUCAUAAUGGACUUAUUGGAAGACCCUGCCAGAGCUUCUAUGAGUAUGGAAAAAAGAAUAAGAAAAGUAAGACUUCAAACACAGAAACAUCUAGAUUGGUAUGCACGAGAUGGCCUGAGAACUCUGUGCAUAGCUAAGAAGGUCAUAAGUGAAGAUGACUUUCGGAAAUGGGCCAACUUUCGUCGUGAGGCAGAAACAUCCAUUGACAACAGAGAGGAGCUAUUAAUGGAGACAGCACAACAUUUGGAGACUAAUCUUACUUUACUAGGAGCAACUGGGAUUGAAGAUCGUUUACAAGAUGGCGUCCCUGAUACAAUUGCUGCAUUCAGAGAGGCUGGGAUCCAGAUGUGGGUGCUGACUGGAGAUAAGCAGGAAACAGCAGUCAACAUUGCCUAUUCAUGCAAACUUCUAGAUCAAAGAGAUACUGUCUUUACCAUUAAUACUGAAACUAAGGAAACGUGUGAAUCACUGUUGGAUAUCAUGCUGGAAGAAGUGAAGAAGGCUCAGGGCAUUGCAAGAACAAUGUGGAAUAUUUUUGGUAUUAAGUUGCCGUUUUCUUGGUCAAGCACUGUGACUCCAAAUCCUGCUGUUGGCCUGGUGGUUGAUGGAAGAACUCUGAAUACCAUUUUCCAGGGACAACUGGAGCAUAAGUUUCUUGAGCUAGCCAAGUACAGCCGCUCAGUUUUAUGUUGCCGGUGUACUCCACUACAAAAGAGCAUGGUAGUCAAACUUGUACGGAGUCACCUAAAAGUCAUGACUCUGGCAAUUGGUGAUGGUGCAAAUGAUGUAAGUAUGAUUCAAGCAGCUGAUGUUGGAAUUGGCAUUUCUGGACAAGAAGGUAUGCAGGCUGUUAUGGCCAGUGACUUUGCCAUUUCUCAGUUUAAGCACCUCAAGAAGUUGGUUCUGGUCCACGGUCACUGGUGUUAUUCUCGCUUGGCUAAAAUGGUGAUUUACUUUUUCUAUAAAAAUGUGGCCUACGUCAACCUGCUCUUCUGGUACCAGUUUUUCUGUGCUUUCUCGGGGGCCUCCAUGAUAGACUACUGGCAAAUGAUCUUUUUCAAUUUGUUUUUCACUUCUGUGCCACCCAUCCUUUCUGGAGUCCUGGAUAAAGAUAUUUCUGCAGAAACUCUGUUAAGUUUGCCUGAGCUUUACAAGAGUGGACAAAACUCACAGAUAUACAAGCCCUUGACGUUUUGUGUUGCCAUUUGGGAGGCUUUCUACCAGAGUCUCAUCUGCUUCUUUAUCCCUUAUGUAGCGUAUCUUGAUUCUGAUAUUGAUGUUUUCACUUUUGGAACAACAGUCAACACUGUCUCCCUCUUUACCAUCCUAUUUCAUCAAGCCUUAGAAGUUAAUACUUGGACACUGUUCCAUGCAAUCACAAUAAUUGGGAGCAUUCUGCUGUACUUUGUUUUCUCAACCGUCUACAAUGCUGCCUGUAUCAUCUGCAACCAUCCCACCAACCCUUAUUGGAUUAUGGAGAUGCAAUUCUCAGACCCCAGUUUUUAUCUCAUAUGCCUCAUCACUCCAACUGUAGCACUUCUACCAAGGUAUCUUAUCUUGGCUCUGCAAGGAACCUUCCAGGUUUCUCCCAUUCUCAAAGCCCAACAGCUGGAUAAACUCCCUAAGGAACAACAGGACUGGGAAAUACAGAAAUGGAAAUUGAGGAAACAAACCACAGCUACAGAUGCAACAGUCCCUAAUGAUGAAUUUACCCAACCCAUUGCAAAUGUGACGUUGUCAACCUCUGAUUAUGCAGAAGCAGGAAUGUCCCUUUCUGGGAAUAGCGGCCAUCAGAAUCUCUGUUCCCCAGAGCAGGAUAUAUUAGGAGGGUGGAUGCCAAAUACAGAAAGCAGCGAGCACAGCAAAAGCUGGACUGAGGAGGAGGCUGGGGCUGCCAGUUUCUUCUCUGCAGAAGCCUCUCUUGAGCAAUAUGCAGCUGCAAAACCCUUUUCUGGCUUCCUUCCCAGCAAUACUGGCAGUUCUGUUCGCAGGAGCCAUCGGAGAUCUGUGAGUGCAGUGACUCUAUGAUGGAGCUUAAAUUUUUGGUUAAAAAAGGAGCUGCACCUUUGAACACUUUUUCCUUCCCACAGGGUGAGAGAAGGAAGCAGAGGGAAAACAAAAUUUCUAUUUAUAUUAAAUAACGAAGCCUUCUAGACAGUGACACUCAGUAUAAUUUCGCCAGCAUAUCAGAGCAAUGUUUCUUGUAUUCACAGCGUGACGUACCUCAAGCAAACAAAUAUAUAUUUAUUUUGAGGAGAAGUUCCGCAUCACUUGAAGAAACAUUACGGGACCAUUCCCUAAUCAAUGUGAAAGAGACCCUGUUUGGGUGUUGUCAUCUUCAGGUGACAACAGUGUCACCUGAAGAUGAUUAUUUUCCUUUUUCCAAGCUAUUUUAUAUCGUCUGAAUCAGGUCCUAAUCUUCCCACUUAUCCACCUUAGCCUUUUGUCUGGCUAGCAGAUAAAUAGAUAUAUAGCUGCAACCCAUUUAUAACCAAUUUCUCUAUUACGGUAGUGGCAGUUCUUAGGAAUGUCUUCACAUUGCGACAACUAACACAAAGAUCAUCAGAUUUAAGGACCAAAAAUGAACUCAUUGCACUAAACUCACUAGCCUGGACAUUUUGCAAUUCAUCAUCUAUGUUUUAAGGGUUUUUAAGGAACUUUUUUACAGUAAAUUAUUAUAAUACAGAGCAACUUCUAAGUUCUUGCAGGUUCCCGUUUGUUGCAUAACCCAGAUCAGCAACACUUUUGCUUGGAUGUAGGCACCACUAAUUUCAAAGGAACUACCUUCUGGGAAGGUGUGCUUAAGAUCAGGAAAGGGUUUAAGCCAAAGCAGUUAAGGUGCUACACUUGAAUUUAAGCCAUUUUAGCACCACUGAACUCAACAGAGCUGAACAGGCUUUAACUCUUCUACUUUAACUGAUUUUACAGAUCCUUACUUACCUAGAAAUCACUUGGCCUGGACCUGAGGAACGAAGACGCAAGUUACUAUCGGAGUGUGGGUUUUAUUCCACUACCAUUCAUAAGCUCAGUGUGGAUCAUCACAUUCUGCUUCCACCUUGUGGCUGGAACCCAGGGCUGAAUCUACACGUCCCAGCAUAGCGCUAAACUGUCAGAACGACAGCAUCUUCCUGGCGCAAUUACUGACAUCCCAAGAUUCUGCUCUUAUGGCACGAUGACGUCAGAAAUCACGCCAGGAAGACACUAUUGUUCCAACAGUUUAGCGCUGUGCUGCGACAUGUGGAUUCAACCCAGGUUGCCCUCUUCUGUUCUGCAAAGUAGUGCUGGGAGGGAGUGAAUUUCAGGGGGGAAAUGACAGGCAGGGGAAGGAUGAAAUAUCCAUUUUCGUGCCCAUCACGUUUCUCUUGCAAGUCUUCCCUGCAGCCAAAGUAAAUUUGCAGAGAUGAAGUGGCUACUUGUAAGAUCUGCAAUGGAGGUGGAGUGAGAGUCUCUCUACACAAGACAUCUUACACGGGGACACUCAAGUGACUUAGAGCCAAACUACAAGUGA